AUGGCGUGCCAUAUUCCGGAGUGGCGUGUACUGUGGACUAUUGAUCAUCGUCCGUGCAUCGUUCAGUGCUGUACGGUACAUCGUACUGUGAAGUGCGGUUUGUUGAUCUUCUCGUAA